CGGGAGGUGCCAGCGCCACUCCUGGGUGGCCCAGGGCCUGCGUGGGCAGCUGGGACCCGAGCGGCCCGGGCGCGGUGGCCGAGGUACCUUCGCCGUUCCAGAAGAGCGUGGUCUCUGCGCUGGACAGUCUGUCAUCGAUGGCCUCCAGCUCCGACUUGAUCAGCGGGUACUCCACGUCCAUCACUGUGGCCUUUAUCUCCUCCAGAACUGCAAGGUGACCCCAUCAGUGAUGCAGGAGAAGCUGGACCCACUGAAGAUAAAUCUGAGGCGUCUGAGAAUCCCCAAGCCCCCGGCGAGCUGCCCUCCAGCGCCAGAAGAAUACCUCAGCCCAGCAGUGCAAGACCUGCGCCUCCCUGGGUCAAACAGCAAGAGAGCGCCGAGACCCUGAUGGCAGAUAGGACAGGGAGUGGUAAAACCGUCUCAAAUGUGAUUAUAGAGUCACAGAAUUCAGACCACGAAGAGGAUGACCAGUUGGUGGUGGAGGCUGCCCCUCAGAUCUCUGAAAUGUCAGAAACUGAAAUGGUGCCAGCAAUGGAGCUGGAGGACAGUGAGAAGCAUGGUGGACUUGUGCAAAGAAUUUUGGAGACUAAGAAAGAUUAUGGGAAGUUGCAGCAGCCACCCAAACCUGGAGAGGAGGAGAAAUCCUUUGUCUUUGAGUCGUCAUGGAAGGAGGAGAAGGAUAUUGUUUCCAAGGAGAUUGAGAAGCUCCGAGUGUCCAUUCAGACCUUGGGUAAGAGCGCACUUCCUCUGGGGAAGAGUAUGGACUACAUCCAGGAAGAUGUGGAGGCCAUGCAGAAUGAGCUGCAGCUGUGGCACAUGGAGAACAAGCAGCAUGCAGAGGCCCUGCAGAAGGAGCAGAGGGCCGUGGAACCCCUGAAGGCCGAGCUGGCAGAGCUGGAGCAGAUGAUUAAGGACCAGCAAGACAAGAUCUGUGCCGUGAAGGCCAACAUCCUAAAGAAUGAAGAGAAAAUCCAGAAGAUGGUGUACAGUAUCAACUUGACAUCGCGAAGGUGAACGCGGAGAAUUUCAGUGACGAAAAGUCACCUUUGGUGUGAAAAUGGAAAGAAAGCUAGGAAAUCCUUGCCCCCGAGUUGCAGCUGGCUGAGAAGGUGGACUGUGCGCAGCAUGGUCUUCAGCCCGCGCAUCUGAGCCCUGAAAGGCCAGCAUGUUGAGGGUGGGCGGCCAUGUGUCCCUCCUCCCGGCUGGACCCCUUGUUGGUUGUAAAUGCUCUUCAGAACACCUUUGUGAGAGGUUUUUUUGCAAGCCUCAUCUCUCUUUCUCUGUAGCUGUCUAGUCCUGUACCAGAAUUCUCAUGCAGGUCAGUGAUGUCAGCACCCAGGAAAUGUCCUUUAUUUUCGUUUUUGAGUCAGGACUUACUGCAUCGGCCCCAAAUGAAGGGUCACCUUGAACUUUCUGAUGGGCACUUUAUACAUAGACUGAGGCCUGAAAAUCAUCAAAUUAUAUUUUAAAUUUCCAGCUGAAAAGGCUGGAUCAGAGCCUGUAUCCUCAGGUACGUGUCGACGACUGGGUUAUUUUUCUUCCUCUUCGUGAUUGCAUAGGCUUCUUUAUGAGGAGAUUUUAUUGGCCUUGUUAACUUCUGCUUGUGUUUCUGGCCCUUGAAGUUUACAAACGGACACGGGAGAUUUCAGUGUGGCCGUUGAGGUCCUCGUCUGAUGUGGAUUGCCACAGGGACACUUUGCUUUCCUCACGCUUCGCCCCGUGCUUGCCCUGUGGUCAGCACGAGCAGACCCCGUCCCGUAGGAAGAGGCCUUCUGUGGGAGGCAGUGGCGUCCUCCUUUUCCUGCGCAUAGGCCUGUGCACCGUGUACCAGAGGCAGGGGCCUCAGGAGAAGCCUCAUCCAGGAGACUUAGAGGACAUGCCAAUACCAAACGUUUUUUGAUGUUAUCACUUUUUUUGGAAAUUGUUGUUUAAAGGAAAGUUAUGAAUUAAAAAAAAAAUAAUAAGAAAUAGAAAGGUCUGGGAAAGUGGCGCAGUGGUUAAGCGCCCCUGGGCUCAGUCCCCAGCACCAACACAAGCAAGCUGGAAACCGGGAACGCCCCAUUCUGACGGUUUGCUUUUCAGAAAGAAUUUUUGUAUAAACGUGAAACUUUAAAUGGUGAUCCCCUCAAUGCUGCUCACGUUUUUAGACCAUGAGCUCUUAGAACAGAUGGGUGAGGGCAGAGAAAUCGAGCUCCAAGGCAGAGCAGGCAGCAGUGAGAGGAGCAUCUGUGGGGACAAGCAGGACCAUGAGCAGGAGCCACCCUGUAGGGCCCCGCUGUCACACAACUGCAAGGACAGUUACGAGCCCGCAGCCCGAGGAUGCCUCCCACACGGGACGGCUGACGCCUCUCCAGUGUCUGCAGCUACAGCUCUGGAGGGGCGUUCGAGAAGGGGCGCUGAUACCGAGUUCAACCACUGGCCUGCUGAUAGCUGGCCCUGGACCACGACGGUGUGGCUGCUGGCUGAGGGGAACCUGGGGCCCGUGAUUGGCAGGACCGCGGUCUCUUUGCUGCAGAGACCUCGUGAAGAACAGGCCCCAGCUGCUCCUUUGAGGAGCAAUGGCCUCGCCAGCCCCCAGCGCUGUUGAAGCUCAGCUGGGUCCACUUCCUCUUUCCACCCCGCUGGCCCCACAUCUGUACUGACAGCAUGACAUCAUCCGUGGCUGAAGGGUUCACAGGGCUGGACG